AGAAAUUUAUUUCUGAUGUCAAUUUUUCCCCCUAAUGGUCUUCUUAUAGCUAGCAGAAACUGCACAGAUGUGAAGUGUGGAAUACAUGCUCUAUAUCAGUUGGACAGUGGGGACAUCUGCUGCCAAUGCAAACAGGGGUUUCAGUUACCUGAUGGGAGAAGUAAAUUCCGGAAUGUGAGUGAAGGUAACUGUACAGACAUUGAUGAGUGCAAGAAAAAUGUUUCCAUCUGUGGUCCCAAGGGAAGUUGCAUUAACACUGAAGGGGAUUAUCAUUGCAAAUGCAAACAAGGAUAUGGAAAGAGCUUUAAAGAUGAUAGAAAGCUAUGCAGAGAUAUUAAUGAGUGUAGUGAAAAUCUUUGUGAUAAAACUGCCAAGUGCGGAAACUAUGAAGGAGGUUAUUUAUGUUACUGCCCAUCAGGGUAUCUCCAAUAUUCCCAUGCUGCCCAGGAGAAUGAAACAAAGAUAAAAUGCAAAGAAUUCAGCUUCCCCACGCCUUCAUGGAAUAACUGUUCAGAUGGUCAGAGUCUCCUUUGCAACGUUACUACUCAGCUGGGAAACCUCUUCAGUUCACUGCCAAAUGUGAGAAGCCAAAUGGAUUCAAAGAAGCUUUUGAGGAAAACAGUGGACACACUGGACAAUCUAUUGAACUUAAUGGAAGAUGAGAACAAGGAACAAAAACACCAGAUGGCCACUGAGAUAAUGCAACUGAUGGAGGCCUGGCUCAGAAUGUUUGCCUUUGUCCUACCUAGUGGGAGCACCACCAUCAGGUCCAAAGCAGGCUCAGAAUUGGCGAUGGAAAUCAAGACCACUGAAAAACCGAGCCAAGGUCUGGCGCAACUGUGGCUGAAUGGAACACAGAUGGAGCUAAGCUGGGAAGCAGCAAGCAAUAAGGGAGAAGCCCUCAGUAGUGCUGGCCUCCUCUCCUACCAGAACCUGGGGCACAUCCUGUCGGGUGCAUGUGUUGAAGGAAUAGACUGGGAGCAAAUAGGGAAGUCAAAGCAGUUGAUGCAGCAGACUGGCAAGCCCAGCUAUAAGGUGCUGUCCAAGGUGGCAUCUGCUUUUGUGGGCCAUAACAAGACUGCUGCCCUGAGCGAUCAUGUCAUCUUCUCCUUUAAUCAUCCAAAACCAGAAUCAAAGCCUGACAUGAAGGUGAUUUGUGCUUUCUGGAAGCCCACUGGCAAGAGUGGACAUUGGUCUCAAGAAGGUUGUGUUCGUCUGAGCACCAGUACUGCUAACAGGACGUACUGCCGGUGCAACCACCUGACCAGCUUUGCAGUGCUCAUGGCCUUCUAUGAUGUGGAGGUUUGGAGCCUGUCUAUCAUCACAAAGGUUGGGCUGGUUGUAUCUCUGAUCUGCCUGUUCUUCUCCAUCCUCACCUUCCUGUUCUGCCAUGCCAUCCAAGGUAUCCGCACCACCAUCCACCUCCACCUUUGCCUGGCACUCUUUGCUGCCCAUGCCAUCUUCUUGGGUGCUGGGGCAUCUAGCAAUACGAUGGCAUGUGCUGUAAUUGCUGGACUGCUCCAUUAUUUCUUCCUCUGCGUCUUCUGUUGGAUGCUACUGGAAGGUGUGCAGCUCUACCUGAUGGUAGUUCAGGUCUUCAACACACACAGCCUUAAACACUGGCACAUCUUCCUUGUGGGGUAUGGACUCCCAGCCAUCUUGGUGGGCAUCUCUGCUGCCAUCAACAGCAAAGGAUACAGCAGCAAAAACUGCUGGCUUUCCAGGGAACAUGGGUUCUUGUGGAGCUUCCUAGCACCUGUCUCCAUCAUCAUCAUGGUCAAUGCUGUUGUCUUUCUUAUUACUGUCUGGAGGCUUUCAGUGAAGUUUGCUGACAUUAACCCUGAUUUGACUAAAUUGAAAAAGCAGAGGGUGCUCACAGUCACAGCCAUUGCACAGCUCUGUAUUCUAGGCCUCACUUGGAUCUUUGGCUUGUUUCAGUUCAGCGAUCAAACCCUCAUCUUAUCUUACCUCUUCACCAUCUUCAAUAGCCUACAGGGUCUCUUCAUCUUUCUCCUGCACUGUGUACUCAAGAAACAGGUACGUGAUGAUUAUUACCGCUGGUUGUGCCAGGGCAGACGUGGCAAGACCCAGAGUUCUGACAAGUAUUCAGAGUUCAGUUCCACAGCAGGCUCCAACACAUUAAGGUCCCCCAAAACUUUGAAAAAAUCUAGUAUGUAGCAACAGUUUGCAGAAAUGAAUUCCAGGAAUGCUACUUUACAUACAAACGCUUCCAGGGAAAAGAUGGACUGGAUAACAGAACUACCACCUGCUGAUUCAGACCUACUAAAACAAGGACAGUAAAACUGCUGAAACCUAUGCAGAGGUCCAUCUAGCAAGCUCAGGAACUGGGCCCAUCAAGAUUCCCUUCUCAUUCAUGCUAAGGCUCUUCUCUUUCAAAGAGAGGAUCAUGUCUUUAAAAAAGGUAUUCCUACAUAUGACACUUUCAUAAAAGGCCCUUUCCAUGGACACUGGUUAGUCUUCUGCCUGGCUAUUUAUGCAUCAAACAUCUGAAGUGAAUUUUGCAUAAUGUGCAUGAUCUUUUCCAUCUAGUAUAAGCUGUCUAUGGACUGAUCUGAUAGCAUUAUCCCUAAUGUACAUCAAGUUAUUUUCAAGUAUGAAUCUAUGACUGCCUGCAGUACUCAUUAAGUCAACUAGAAACAGGGGUGGUAAGUAUGCUAUAUCAAGUGUACGUAAGGAGUUAAACAAGAGAAAAGAGUGGCAAGGAUGCUGCAACCUAGGAUUGGACAAAGAACUUCACAUUAUUUUGCCUUGUGUUAAUUUGAUUUGUCCAAAAGUUGAUAUAAAUUUUGAACUCUGAUAAUCAAUGAGAUAAUAAAGCCAGUCUAGAGGCUAUCCCCUUUUAGGUGGCUCAAAAGGGCUGUCCUGGUUUGAAUAGUCCUGCACAUAAAUAUAUACCUGCAUGUGGAAACAUAGCAUGGUAUAGGCAAAGCACAGACUUUUUAGACAAGGCCUUUUAUUUACUUUUAAUGGAAAACUAAGCCUUCAUCUGCAGACUUUCAUACUGACCCAGGCUAAUUAGGUAUAAGUAAGCCCUGUGCUAUAAAACUGUUCAAAUUACAGUGUGUUUUCAUUGCCCAAAGAUUUUAUAGUUCUGCUUCUUAGUGCACUAAAAGUCUGCUAUGCUCAAAAUUCAGAUUCAACUCAAAAGGCAGAUCUAAACACUUUAGCAUCUGCUGCUUCAUAUCUGACAUGUUCGAGUAGAAGCACAAAAAUACAGGAAUAGUUUUCAUUUGAAGUUUUUCUUUACUGCUAUUCCCUGGUGUUCUGCAUAUGGCAACAAGAUGCAAAGACAAAGAAAGGUACAGGAUACAGUAUAAUCUCAGCCACAAGAAUCCAGGUAACCAGUAGCAAAAUGCUGCUUAUUCAGACAGAUAAACUUGAGCCAAUGAAAAGAAAAAGGGUUUGGUGUUCUGUUUUUUUAUUACUUGGAUGGAAGACCUCCAGAGAAUACCAGAGCUUUGGUUAGAUUAGGGAAGUUGAAAGCAUCCCAAAAGGUAGCAAUGGAAAACCACUUCCGUGCUUUUACGGAAAACGACACAAACAUGAGAUCAUCAGAAGUCAAGGUGACUCAAAGGGAAUUUUAUGUUUUUAUGAAGCUAAUGAACCCUUCCAUGAUGGCAAUUCCCAGAAAAUAUUAAAGAACUUCCUGUUUAAACCAAUUGGGUUUGAACAAUUUUCAGUAAUCCUAACUUUGUUUUUGUAAAAUGCUUGGUAUUUUUAUUUUGUAUGUAUCUCAAUACCAGGUGUGCCUUAUUUGCAUAAGUAGCAAAACACACAAGAGUUCACAGGUAAUUUUUUUUCCUACUGAAUGUCGCUCCCAAAAGUACUCACAAGUUAUACCUGACCUAGUCUUCAGAUAGCUUUGCAUGCAUCUGCAUGCCAACUUUUGUAGUAUUAGAAAAUACUGUUAAUUUGUACUUGGGCAAGGGGAAAAAUAGAUGGAUUCAGAUUAGAAGUUUCUAUUGUUGUCUCUCAGUUUCAGUAACCGCCCUGCCAUGAGAUAUAUUCACUCUAAGAGUGCCAUUAAAGAUGUGCAAAUUUUAAAAAAAAGUUUGUCUAAUUAACUUGCUUCCUUAAAGCACUUUUUUCUCA